UACUGUAAUUCUCAGGUCGGGUUCAAUUUGUUUCAAUUGCAGAAAUUGCGAGAAAGGGGGGAAGGGAAAAUGCAGCAGACAGCUGCACCACCACCGUCAACUCAGGGAGCGGCGGCGGCGGCGGGGGAUGCGCCGCCGAAGCAGGUGGCGCAGGCGCUGGAGCAGCUAGGGCAGGCGGGGCGAUUGAUCGCCGAUGUGCGGCUCGGCGCGGAUCGGCUGCUGGAAGCGUUGUUCUUCGUGGCGGAUAAACCUCAUCACCAGCAUUCUGCCAAGUGUUUGAAUUUGAUGAUUAAAGAAGAAUCUCUAAUGCGCCACCAUCUCCAAAACCUCCGCGCUGUUGGAAGACAGCUGGAGGAAUCUGGUGUUCUAAAUGAUUCUCUCCGCUCACGAAGUAAUUCGUGGGGCCUACACAUGCCUCUUGUUUGUCCAGAUGGCGCUGUCGUUGCUUAUGCAUGGAAGCGCCAGCUUGCUGGCCAGGCUGGCGCAUCUGCCGUUGACAGGACCAGAUUGGCACUUAAGGCAUUUACAGAUCAAAAAAGGCGAUUUUUCCCCCACCUGGCAGAUGAUUCUAUUGCAGAAUCAGCUGCAAAGAAACAUUGUAGUCCCCUGCCGAUAUCUCAUGAAGAGAAUAGCGAUCAUAAGACAUUGAGCGAUAUCUUGUCACAUCUUGAAAAAGAAGUUCCAAGUCUGCAAGCAUUUACCUACCAGAGAUUGGAUUGGUUGAAGCGGGCAUCGUCUUUGCCUUCUGGUGCGAAAGAAAGCUCUGCCGAUGAUUCAUCGAAGAAUCGUAGCUUUCCAAGCACAAGCAAGUGGGGGCAAAGCAUGGAUGGUGCGGAUAAAGCUGCUGUGAUUGAGUUACUUCUCCCUUCUGUUUUUAGAGCUGUAGUAUCAUUACAUACAGCGGGAUCAGUGGACCCUGAUGCAGUGGCUUUCUUCGCGCCCGAUGAGGGUGGCAGCUAUCUACAUUCACGCGGGUUUUCAUCGCAUCAUGUAUUUAAGCAUGUAUCGGAACAUGCUUCUGUGGCUCUACAGUACUUCAUUUGCGCCAAUCCCGAAACAGCCUUGCAAACCCUGCUGCACUGGGUUUGCAGUUAUCGAACACUAUUCAUGAAAGUCUGCAGCAAGUGCGGUAAACUACUAUCAAUGGACAAACAGUCGGGUCUGAUAUUACCCCCCGUGAAACGCCCUUAUCGCCAUUCCACUGCUGGUAGAAAUUCGUCAAAGAGUUCAUCGGCAGAGAAUAAUUACAGCCUGGAUCUUGUUCAGGCUUUUCACAUUAGCUGCUUCUCAGAGGAUGCAUAGGUUUUUCAUGUAUUGUCAAUGUAGAAUGUACAAAUUAACUAAUAUAGUAAGGUCUUGUUUGGUUGCAUGGGUCAGAUUAUCUUGGAUUGGAUUGGAUUGGAUUGAAGUGUACUAACUCUAUAGUGACGAACUAAUUAUUCAGUUAGUAAGAUGUUCGGUUCUUUAUAUAUUAGAUGAAUCCCAA